AUGCCUGAUGCAGAUGGACUCUUAACAAAUAUUUGUGAAGAGCUUGGUGAGCUUGCUGAUGAGACAGAGAUGCCAUCUCAGCUCAAAUUAGAUAUCGAAGACUUGAUACUGGACAGUAACUACAUUCAAGUAACGAGGGUAGAAAAAUCUUUCAGUAAAAAAUCAGGCCUUAAUUAUAGAAACCACACAGGAGUAAAAUAUUAUGAAUGUAAUGAGCGUAGAGAGGCUGCAGCUUUACUGGCAGGCUGCUUUGGCGGUGGUCUGGACCUCAUUGCUGAGCACCAGCUUAGAGCUGAGAUCACCAAGACUGAAAAUGAAUAUUUCCUAGUAAUAGUCAUGUUUUCAGGCUGCACUGUGGGUGCCACCACCAUCUCGGAUCGCCAUGGGCUUAGCCAUGCCCAAUCCUCCGUGUUCUUUGGCAUUGCCACUGAGGGUAAACCCUUCCAGCUGUUUGCAGACAGAGUUCCAAAGACAGCAGAAAACUUUUGUGCUCUGACCACUGGGGAGAAAGGAUGUGGUUAUAAAGGCUCCUGCUUUCACAGAAUUAUUCCGGGAUUUAUGUGCCAGGGUGGUGACUUCACAUGCCACAACGGCACAGGCCGCAAGUCCAUCUAUGUGGAGAAAUAUGAUGAGAAUUUCAUCCCAAAGCACACCGGUCCUGGCAUCUUGUCCAUGGCACAUGCUGGACCCCACACAAACGGUUCCCAGAUUUUCAUCUGCACUGCUAAAUCCGAGUGGCUGGAUGCCACGCCUGAGGUCUUCGGCCAGGUGAAAGUCGGCGUGGACUUCAUGACGACCAUGGAGCACUGUGGGUCCAUGGAGCACUGUGGGUCCAGGAAUGGCAGGACCAGCCAGAAGAUCACCAUCGCUGACAGUGGACAACUCUAA